UCUCAGGUUCCUCCCCGUGUCCCGACGCCUCCCUCUCGUGGCUUCCUCGUUCGAGAUCCUACACUCAUCCUCUCAAGUUGGUUCACCUCGUGGAUUCCUCUGAGUUUCCCCCAAGUUGGUUUCCUUCCUCCGGACCCAGACCUCCCUCGGACACAAGCUGGUUCCUCUCGCUGGUCUGGAUACCUGGAUCCCCCGGUGCUGCUCAGAUCCGCUGCCGCCUCCAUUCCCCGGUCUCCCGGACACCUGUGAUUCCAUCACCAGACCAACAUCGAGUCCACAUCACCACCUCCCCGGUCUGGUCACCUCACUGAGAGCAUUGAGCUCAAACUGAGGAUGACUGACUCAUCCCUUCUCAACUCUGAGCUGGAGUUACAGCAGCAAGAGGAGCUCUACCAUCAGCUACUGUUACAGACAAUGGGAAAUCUGCAGACUGAAACUCAGGACUCAAAAGUUAUCCGGCCUCAACCAGGUGUCUGUGUGAAGACGUUCUCAGAGCCAAGCAAGGAGAAGGUCUUUAUCAACAUCUGCCAGUCAAACUCUGUCCCACCCCCGCCUGAGCUUUCCAGAGAGGAACUCGUGGAGCUGCUCCAGUCGGAGGAUCCCAGCAGCUACAGAGUACCGAUGAGCCUCGGGGAGCCGCACACAGAAGUUGACAACAACUCACAGGGAUGCACAGCAUAUGAUGUCGUCAUCAACCAGGACUUCUUCCAGAGGUGUCAGAAGGAUCCUUUAUUCCAGCAGUUUGUGAUUCUGGUUUCUGUGGAGGGACUGGAGAACAAAUACAGUCUGCAACUAAACAGAGACUGGAAAGUGCUGAAGAACAGAAAAUUCCUUGGCUCUGUCACUGAGCAGAACAUCCGGACCAAGAGCAGGCCAGUGAUCCAAGAGCUGCAGCCUCCGGAAAAAUCUGCUGCAUGUGCCAAACGACCAGAGUUCUCGCUGUUUGUGGAGCCUCCCACCGGAAACCCAGAGUACCUCAUUGCAGAGAUAAAGCUCCCUGGAGUGUCAUCAUCCCGCUCCCUGGUUCUCGACGUUGGGGAGGACCAGCUUGUGUUGACGGCUCGACCAUGGCUCUACCACCUCGACAUCUUCCACCCUUUCUUCGUUGACCAGGACAACAGUGUGGCGCAGUACAAUAAGAGCACACAGAUUCUUACCAUCACUAUGCCAGUGGUCUCGUCUCCUUCAUGAAGCUACUGAAGAAUAUCUAAUUAUUUAUGUUUGUUACAAAAGUGCUGUCAUAAUAAAAAAAAAUUUAAAUUAUAUUUGUUU